CAGAAGUGUUUCAGAAUACGGGGCCUUGUAAGAACCACACAUACACACACACAAACUCACACACAUUCAACCAGUCAGUCAGUUGGAGGCAGGCGGCCGCGAGGUAAGGACAGGCGCCGCUCAUCCUCCUUUGUACCAGUGUUCAGCGGCAUGUACAGCAGUAGUAACAGCAGCAGCAGCAGUCUUACCACCACCACCACCACCACCAACACAACCACCACCACCACCACCACUACCACGAGUCCCAGUGCCAGCCCGACGCCACCAGUUCACCACCACCACCACCACCACAGCCUCCUGCACCACCACCUGCACCACGUCAAACCCCCGGCGAGCGUGUUGAAUUGCAGUCCCUAUGAACACCAGCUCCUGCACCGCCUUCUGCCGCGCCACAUUACGACGGAGCAUGUGGUCUUCAGCCAUAAGACUAAGGUCGGGGGGCGUUCCCUGUACUUCUUCAGCCCAGCCACCAGGGGGGGCCUCACCAAGCCUGUUUUCACCACGAGGGAGAAGCUCACGCCACUGCUGGACGGCCCGACGGAGGAGGAGGAUGAGGGAAGUGACAGCGGUUCCCCAGGACGUCGGGGGAGUAGCGUGGGCGGGGGGACGGGGAUGGGGCGGAAGGGGCGGCCACGGGAUGAGAUAAGCCCCGGGGUGGUGUGCACGAUAAAGAGAAUUCACCUUGGGGACCCCGCGUGUGACUUGGGAGUGAGUGUGUGGAGGGGUCGCGGCCCCCAGAGAGGCCUGCAAGGCCCCCAGCGUCCCCCAGCUGGCACGGGCCCGGCGCUACUGGUGGAGGCGUCUCAGAAUGGCAGGCGCGGCGGGGAUGGAAUGGCUGUGGCGGCCGGAUACAGUGGGGAAGUUAUGUUUCUGCUCCCUUACUCACUCCUCGCCCGCGCUGACCUAGAGCCUCGAGCCACAGAGAUAAUGGUGCAGGACGCCAUGCUCUCCUGCGUGAGUGAGUCUGUGGUGUGGUUUGUGGUUCAAAAGCUUCACGCGAGCGCAAAGUGAUGCCCAACCCGCGUCAGCUCUCCGGACAGUUGCACCUUGCCAAGCUCAACCUGCGCUCCUCAGUACCUCAAGCGAAUCUCCUGAUAUUGAAAGGUUGUGGAGAUACACGUACAGAUACACGUACAGACAGACAUACAGGUGUUUGUACAUACAUACAUAUACGUAAAUUUUCAUACAUUUGUUAGUUUUUAUAGACUUCUUUUCUUCUUUUUUUUUUUCUUUUGUUUCUUUUCUUCUUUCGUCGUCGUUUUCUUUCUUUCUUUCUUUCUCUCUUCGUCCACUUCCGUUUAUAUUUCGUUCUUUCGUAUCUCUCUCCCUUCCUUUCCUUCCUCCCUAACCUUUAUCUCCCCUUCCUUCCCCGUACCCUUUACCUCUCCCCUUCCCUCUUCCCUUCUUCCUUCUAACCUACGUAUCCUUUCUCCUAUAACCUUCUUGUAUAUUCGCCAGCCCUCUACACACACACACACACACACACACACACACACACACACACACACACACACACACACGCAUACACA